AUGGAGGACCAGCAAACCCACACGGGUGAUGAUAAUGAUAAUGAUGAUGAUGAUGUUCUCACCAAACAGAAUAUCAUCGAAAUCAGAGUGGAUACAGAUUUCACGAUUUCCGGACCACCUCUGUAUGUUUUACCGUUAUCAGUGAAAGGUAACAAGAUACUGAUUGGUGAGGAACCAGGGAGUCUGGCUGGUAACAGUCUUUUCUGGACAAAUACUGGUUGGGGAGGUGAAAGAUUCUAUAAUAAAAAAUUGCUAGAAUGGUUGAAAUCUGAUUGGAAAUCUAACUUGGUACGAGCUGCUAUGGGAGUGGAACUCUAUGGAGGUUAUUUACAAGAACCUCAAAAAAACAAAGAAAGAAUUACAGCCAUUGUUGAUGCUGCUAUUGCAAAUGAUAUGUAUGUCAUCAUUGAUUGGCACACGCAUUACUCUCAUCAGGAUAAGGCUAUUGAAUUUUUCGAAGAAAUGGCAAAGACCUAUUGCCAUACAAAUAAUGUCAUUUAUGAAAUUUGGAACGAACCAAAAAAUGAUGUAUCAUGGAAGGACCACGUAAAACCUUAUGCCCUAGCCGUGAUUGAAGCUAUUCGGGCUAUUGAUCAAAAAAACUUAAUUGUGGUUGGUACAACCAAUUGGUCCAAGGACGUUGAUGUGGCUGCAGCUGACCCAGUAACCGGCUUUGAUAAUAUUGCCUAUGCACUACAUUUUUACGCUUCAAGUUGUGGCCACUGUCAGGAAUUGAGAAACAAGGCAUCUAUCGCACUUGAAAAAAAUGUCGCUUUGUUCGUCACAGAGUGGGGUACUGUUAACGUUAAUGGCAGUGGAGGCAUUGCUACACAGGAAACGAAUGACUGGUUCAAGUUCAUGGAAGCUAAUAAACUCAGCCACGCCAACUGGUCUAUCAGUGAUAAACCGGAAAGUGUUUCUGCUUUAAAACAGGGAGUGUGUUCCAAUGGGGGAUGGUCUGAAAAUGACCUCACUGAAUCAGGAAAAUUUGUGCGAAAUUUGAUCCGAGAUUGGCAUGAGAAAAAGAAUUGA